CAGAAACCCAAUCAACUGAGCAAAAACAUCUCCUCGGAGCAAGUGUUGGAUCCUAUUGAUUAUGAAAGUCUCAGCUGGACAUUCUGCUAUAACGAUAACUGCUUAAUACACCUCUCGAAUAAGGAAGGUUCAGAAUGGUUCCUUCAGAAGCUUCAGCGCUGCAGAUAA